AUGAGAGGGCUCCUCUUGCUGCUUGUGCUCUGGGCAGGGCUGGCUCCCGCCCAGGGUUCUCAAGGCCGUCCCUCAUGGCGCUACGUCUCCUCUGAGAUGGUCAUUCCCAGGAAGGAGUUGCACCAUGGCAAAGGCAUCCAGAUGCCAGGCUGGCUGUCCUACAGCCUGCGUUUUGGGGGCAAGAGGCACGUUAUCCACAUGCGGCGCAAGAAACUCUUCUGGUCCAGGCAUCUGCUGGUGAUGACUCAGGAUGACCAAGGUGCCUUGCAGAUGGACUACCCCUUCGUCCCUCCUGACUGUUACUACCUCGGCUACCUGGAGGAGGUUCCUCUUUCCAUGGUCACCCUGGACACGUGCUAUGGGGGACUGGAAGGUAUUAUGAAAUUGGAUGACCUUGCCUAUGAGAUCAAACCCCUCAGCAGUUCCCAAAGAUUUGAACACAUUGUUUCUCAGAUAGUGGCAGACACCAAUGCAACAGGCCCUACCUAUAAACUGGGACUGAAGGAGGACAGGGACCCCUUGUUCUCUCAAGCAAAUACCAGUGCCAUUCCCCGGAUUGGUAGUAGGGUCUUUUCCUCCCAUAAAGCCAUGCUGAAAGGAUUUGCUCAAAGUUCCAAUUCUAUGUAUCGUCUAUAUAAUAAUGUUACAACCUGUGCAAAGUUUCUGAUCAGUAUGGUUAGUUUAAUAGACUCAAUAUAUAAAGGUCUUGAUAUAAGGUACCAUCUUACUGCAGUCCUGAUAUUUCAUGUGAGAGAUCCAGUCAACAUGAAUGAUUAUAGAUUGCCAGCUGGCGAAUACUACAGAUAUCAUGCGAACAACUUGUUCAGGAUCAUAAACCCUAGUUCAUCCUUUGUUUUGGUUAGAGACGGGCCACAAGAUUAUCAAAAUGAACCUACAUUAGGUGGCAUAUGUUCUGCUCGAUGCCUACAUAUGAUUGGUCUCCUAGGCAGACAUUAUGUAUUGCUUGCAGUGAUAAUGUCCCAAUAUGCUGCGAGAAACUUGGGUCUGUAUUAUGAUAAUGCUGAUUGUGGUUGCCAGAGGAGGUCCACCUGUAUCAUGUACAGAUACCCUGUGUUGACUGAUUCCUUUAGUAACUGUUCUUUCAUGCACUUACAAAACAUCCUGAGUGUUAACAAGCACUGCCUAUUCAAUGAAGAGGUGGUAUUCUUUAAUGCAAGUCUGACACACAUACGUUGUGGAAACUCUAUAGUGGAGGGUAGGGAAGAAUGUGACUGUGGUUCCCUUAAGGAGUGCAGCAGCAACCCCUGCUGCAGUAAUGACUGCAGACUUGAAAGUACAUUUCUCUGUGAUAAGGGACUAUGCUGCACAAACUGCUCCUUCUCUGCUGCUGGGACACUCUGCAGACCAAUCCAAAACAUCUGUGACCUUCCAGAGUAUUGCAAGGGGGGAUCCAAUCAGUGCCCCGAUGAUUUCUAUAUGCAAGAUGGAACCGCAUGCAGUGAAGGGGGCUACUGCUAUCAUGGAAACUGUACUGACCGCACUGUGCACUGCAAGGAAAUCUUUGGAGCAUCCACUGUGGAGGCUCCAGAUGCCUGCUACCAAAUUAAUAAAAAAGGCCACCGAUUUGGACACUGUAAAAGAGAGUAUGCAGCCAGACGUUUUAUUCCUUGUCAGGACCAAGAUGUCAAGUGUGGAAGGCUGCAGUGUAGUAAUGUCACUCAUCUCCCUCAGUUGCAAGAACAUGUGGGAUUCCAUCAGUCUAAGAUAUCAGGGGUCUGGUGUUUUGGAGUGGAUUCCCAUCGUGGCACAGGAACAAAUGAUGUUGGUCAUGUGAGACCUGGUACCCCCUGUGCUCCUGAAAAAUACUGUGCAAAUUCUGUCUGCAAUGGUACUAUAAGUGACAUGAAUUAUGACUGUAUCCCUGAGAAAUGCAAUCACAGGGGCAUUUGCAACAACAACAGGAACUGUCAUUGCCACAUAGGCUGGGAUCCCCCAUUCUGCAAAUUGCGAGGUAAAGGAGGGAGUAUAGACAGUGGACCCCCUCCAAGAAGAAGGCGGGCAGUCAGGCAAAGUCGUGAGGCAGUGGUAUAUCUGAGAGUCGUCUUUGCUCGAAUCUAUGCCUUCAUUGCUGCACUCCUCUUUGGUGUUGCCACCAAUCUCCUGGCAUACUUCAUAGCUUAUGAUGAGAAUCCGGAGAUGCUGUAUGAGAAAGUGUGA